AAAGGCGACGGUGGUGCAUAUACGGUAGCAAGAAGAGAAGCUCAACACGUGGGGUGAAGUAAAAACUUGACUGUGUCUCCCCGACAACGAGGACAGCAAGUUUUUUCUUUUGGUGCCCCUCUAUUGGGUGAGGCGGACCGCUUCACGAUCGAGAAGUGGGGGUGACUAUUCUGGAUCCGGCACAGUCCUAGCUGAGCAUGAAUGGAUUCGUGGACAUGAAUCAGAAGAUCGACUAUGUCUUCAAGGUGGUUCUGAUUGGGGACUCGGCAGUAGGAAAGUCGCAGCUGCUAGCCAGGUUCUCCAGGAACGAGUUCACUCUGGAAUCCAAGGCAACGAUCGGCGUCGAGUUCCAGACCCGGACCAUGGUGGUGGAUCACAAGACGAUCAAGGCACAGAUCUGGGACACCGCCGGUCAAGAGAGGUACCGAGCGAUUACCAGUGCGUACUACCGCGGAGCAGUGGGAGCGCUGGUGGUCUACGACAUCACCAAGCGGCCAACGUUCGAGCACGUCACAAGGUGGCUGGAGGAGCUCAAAGUUCACGCUGACAACAACAUCGUGGUGAUGCUGGUGGGUAACAAAUCCGAUCUAGGCAACUUGCGAGCGGUGUCUGUGGAGGAAGCCAAGGAUCUGGCCGAGAGAGAGGAGCUCUUCUUCAUGGAGACGUCGGCCCUGGAAGCCACCAACGUCGACAGCGCUUUCUUCUCGGUGCUCACGGAGAUUUACAGGAUUGUCAGCAAGAAGAGCCUCUCCGAGGGCGCUGGUGGUAGCCAGCAAGUUCCAAUACCGGGGACAACACUCCUCCUGUCCGAGAAGAAAGAGUCCAAGACCGGGUGCUGCUAAAGUUUUUGCAUUUGUACCGUGCGGUACCGUCAGAACGCUUGAAAAAACACGUUUCAUGCCGCGCAAGGUGCCGUCAAGCUCUUUGUCUUUGUACCGCGCGGUACCGUCGGAACGCUUGAAAUAAAGACUACGUUGUUUCGUACCGCGCAAGGUAGCGAGCGGUCAAUGGCU